AUGUCUUUGUUGUUUUCUCUCUUUUUUCUAACGUUCUUUCACGAAGCAAGUCCGAAAAUAAGUGGAUCGGAAGGCUGGUUCCCUGGAGCGGACGGUUUCGCCUAUGAAAUCGACGAAGAAAAGGGAGAGAUCAUUUUCAGGCUGGAUGAUCUGGUCGAUAUGCCUUACUAUCUUGGAGUCGGAUGGAACAACAAUACUCACGACGAUAGUACUCAUACAAAAACCAUGAUUAACUCGGAGCUGCUGAUUUGGGAUGGAGGAUCAAUUCAUAAAGAUGAAAAUUACAAGGGCGCGAUUUGGCCGUACUUUGGAGGUCACUUUGCUGGCGGAGCCGAAUGGAGCGAGCAAGCAAUGACUUACUGGAAGCGAACGCCAGGAUCGGCUCAUCCAGAUGGAAAGCCGCGCUGGUCGCGAACUCUGAAGCGGCCGGAAGGAUGCAGCAAAUGCAUUGAAAUCGAAAAGAACAAAGAGUACUGGGUCAUGUCCGCUCGGGGGUCGACUUUCGACGGCGAAGGCAAUUGGAAGAGACAAAAAGAAGACCCAAAAUACGCGGCGUGGUCCGACUGGCCCGGCCCAAGAGCUGGCUAUCAUUACGCAAAAACCCAGCGAGAAAAAAUCAUCAUCUGGAAAGAACAUGAAUUCGACAAUUUGUAUCACAUGACAAACCAUCACGAAGACGCUUGGAACAAACGAGUGGACUCGAUUGGACAGAAAAAUCUAACCAAAGUCCCGCAGAAUUCAGCUCAAAUCCUCUGUCUCUUCUCUAGCUUGCUUGUUUUCUUGGGAAUAAAUUUGGUUUAA